GCUCGAGGUCGUAUUCGAGUUGCUGCCCAACUAAGUCCUGGCCUCGAGAUGUAUAGAAAAGCUGGUGGACGUUUUCGUGAUCCCGUCUACUCUUCACUGUUGGAGACGGACAUGGAGUUCGGCCAACUACGCGACUCUGAUGGACUGCCCUAUUCCUGCCUCACCAACGGAGUCAUUGGGCCAGGCGGACAAGGAGGCUCUGGUCUACAUGUAGCCUCAUCCGGACCCGAUCAGCUUCAGUUGGCCUGGGCAGCCUGGCCUCCAUCUGACCCCAGCCUGGCUCAACGCUAUCGCGUCGAUGCCUCCCUUCAACCCGGUUUCUCAUUUACCUGCCUUACUCUGAUGGCGAUGCGUAGCCUCAAACAGACCCGAGCAACUGUGGCCGAGCUUACUGGAUGGAUUGCUGACCAAUUUGCUUACUAUCGAAACGACGUUGUAGUAAAUUGGCAGGCUUCCUUUCGUCAAAACCUUGCGCUGAGCCAUUACUUUCAGCGUGUACCUCGGCGAAAAGAAGAGCCGGGAGGACUGGGUGAUGUCUGGCGACUUGCAGACGAAUUUCAGUCUGAAAUAUUUUCAACUGGACCAGGCAAAACGACCCUGGAGGCGCCAUCAUCGGCCAAACUUUCCCCUUCUGGUCCAUUCUUCUCCACCACCUCCUCAUCUCCUUCAUCUUCAUCCACGUCUUCAUCGGCCUCUUCGCCACCUUCCUCCUCAACAUGUUCAGUCGGCUCCUCAGCCGUCGACUCCUCCUCCCUCGCCUCACAGAUCAGCAAAAAUUCGGCAACAGCCGUCUUGACAACGCGCGUCGUUGACAACCUUUCGGCACUGCGACAACUCCCCAGCUUGACCACCACAAGACCUUCAUGUCGUGCCAACACGGCGGCCUCUGGCUUGAGCAACCUGACGUCGGGCCCCCUGACUACUUCUUCACAGACCUUCCAAGAUCGCCAUUUAGAUGAUUCGUGGAAGCAUCCUUGGGGUGGUCUAGAGCUGGACGACAUGCCAGAGGAACGUAGGGGAAGGGGUCUCCGAAAGGAAGUGAAUGACUGGUCUCGAGGCCGGGCCAGAAGUCUAAGCAGAGGCGAAAGGUUUACAUUGUCAUAG